AACUAAAGUCUCACAUUUGCUCCAAAAUCCGCGAACACGUCACUCGUGAAAGCUGAUGUCUUGCAACCCAAAUCCACGAAGUCACUGCGACCGACGUCUCUGGUUUGCAUCGGCCAUCACACACAUCACCACGGGGCCAGCACCACUCCAAUAAAAGCUAAAAGCUAGGACACGUACUGAGCUAUCUCUGCGCUGAUCGCCAUCAUCUGUCGUCGCUCUCCCUUUUGCCAUCAUCCUUAUCUUAAUUAAUUUGUGUCCAGCCAGCAAGCAAAAAAGGAACCGAAUCUCUCGUUUAAUAAAAAACCAACGGAGUGGAUUCAAUCAUUCAUUCAUUCAUCCCUGAGCUUUGCAUAAUUUUCUUGGCUUGCUCCUAAUAAACUGUACCCAUAUCUUAUUCAUUUUGUACAACAAACACCAUGAAGUUCUCAGCACAAUCGGUAGUUUUCCUCCUGUCCCUUGGCCAGGCCGUGGCCUUUGCACCUACCACCACCAGCAGCAGUCAUGCAAGAUCAUCAUCAUCAUCAUCUACCCAACUGCACAUGGCCGCCGCCAAGGACGACAGUCAACGAGUCGUUGUCACUGGAUUGGGUGUGAUUAGUGGUUGUGGUCUAGGACACGAAGAUUUCUUCCAAGCCUGUUUGGAUGGCAAAUCCUCGGUGGGACCCGUCACUCGAUUCGAUGCUACCCACUAUCCCUGCACCAUUGGCAGUGAAGUCCCGGAUGACAUGUUCGACCCCAAGGACUUUUUCACCAACCCCAAAAAUGUUAAAUCCAAUGAUCGAUUCACACAUUUUGCCGUUGCAGCCGCACGACAGGCAUUGCAAGAUGGAGGAUUGGGAGAUACACCGGACAAACUAGAAAAUCCCGAACGAAUUGGGGUCAUGGUGGGAUCCGCUUUUGGAGGAAUGGAAACAUUUGAAAAGGAAACACUCAAGUUGGCCAAGAAACCGGAACGUCCCAAGGUUUCUCCUUUUACAAUUCCCGCACUUUUGGGAAACACAGCUUCUGGAGUGAUUGGAAUUGAAUGUGGUUGUCAAGGACCCAACUACGGACUUGUCUCGGCAUGUGCCAGUGGAAGCCACACCAUUGGUGAAGCCAUGGGAAUGAUCGCCGAUGGACAAGCCGAUCAAAUGUUGGCUGGAGGUACCGAAGCCACCAUCACUCCUCUUUCUUACGCUGGAUUCUGCGCCAUGAAGGCCAUGAACACCAACUACAAUGACAACCCCACGGCAGGAUCUCGUCCCUUUGAUGCCGGCCGUGGUGGAUUCAUCAUGGGAGAAGGUGCUGGAGUUGUCCUGCUCGAGAGUCUCGCAUCCGCAAAGAAACGUGGGGCCAAGAUCUACUGCGAGUUGGUCGGAUACGGAGCUACCUGCGAUGCUCACCACAUUACCACACCUGCUCCCGAAGGACGUGGUCUUGCCAAGGCAAUGAACAUUGCCCUGGACAUGAGUGGAAUGGACAAGGAACAUGUAAGCUACAUUAACGCUCACGGAACUUCCACAGCCUACAAUGACAAGUUCGAGACCAUGGCCAUCAAGACUGUCUUUGGAGAUCACGCCACCAAGAAGGAUGGUAAUUUCGUUGUUUCCUCGACCAAGUGUGUUACCGGCCACACCCUGGGCGCUGCUGGAGGUCUGGAGGCGGUCGUGGCGGCAAAGUCCAUCUACCACGAUGUCGUCCCACCAACAAUUAACUACGAUACUCCCGACCCAGAGUGCGACCUUGAUUAUGUGCCAAACGAAAAGAGAGAGAUGACUGUCACAGCUGCAAUGAGUACCAACUUGGGUUUUGGGGGUCAUAAUGCUGCAAUCCUGUUUAAAAAGUAUGAAGAGUAAAUCUCAUACCUUGCUUUACCCUGGAUGACGUUUUCCUCUAUCCUUGCACUGCUUUACGCCCUGUUCGCACCGCACUCUCAACUAGAUAAACCAUUCUGAACAUAAUCAAUCCAUCGCUACCUCUUCCUUCCUUGGCAACUCUACUGUACCGCACCCAUGGCAGUAGCCUAACAUUUGUAGCUGUAUGAGAGGCGACACACACGCAAGAUUUCAAUUCGUCAAAUCAAAAAGGCAUGUAAGGUAGUAAAGAUUUGCGAGUCAGCUAGAUUUUUUCUUGGGUGCUUGGAUGGAAGUUCGUACCAGAAACUGAUUACUAUUACUUAGUCCAUUGCUGGUGGAGUAGCGUCCAAGUGCUUUAGCUGGUGUUUUGAAUGUUUCGAAGAAAAUGUCGACGACGAGCUCUUCUUGUUUCGCCGUCGUUUCGAUCCCUCCUUCUUUGAUGCGGGAUCACGUUUCUUUUUCGCCCCUUUGUCUCGCUUCACGUCACGUCUUCGGUACCUAGCGCGUCCUCGGGAUCGUUCCUUCUUUCCAGAUGGUGGAUCCUCAGGCUGGGUGACAACAGCACCUUCCAUGGCGUUGAGGUAUUGGCGGUGAUGGCUUCUCCAGCAUGGUCGUUGCCUCGAUUCGGUUUCCAGCACUUUGUCAAACAGGUCCCACGAAACUAGACCAUGCCUCAAUUCCCAGUUUCGCACAACGACCCCGUAAAAGAUUAGAUUGAACAUCAUCAGCAC